UGCGCGUUCUCGAUCUGUUCUAAAUUCAAAUAGUCCGGCGCUCGAGCAGCCCGGACGUUCGAAAAUCGGAUUUUAAAAUCCAAAUUUCGAAAUUCCAAUCCCGAAUUCGACUGGAAAGGCCACCGGUUGGUACGUUUCGUUUAUAGUACGUGUGAUUAUUCGAAUCUAGAAUCUUGUGUUGUGAACGGUGAAAAAUGUGUGAACAGUGCGUGCAGCGUUGAUUCCAGAAAAAAGGAUUUAUUUGUGCGUUUUGGCGCAUGUGUGAUGCAUUUCUCGUGUUAUGGCAACGCAUCAGUAACGCACUGACAGUCUACUGAGAAUCCAAGAUGGCGGAAGCGGAGGGGGGAGCAAGCGAGCAGGAUGAUGUUUCAUUCUUGCGUACGGAAGACAUGGUGUGCCUAUCAUGCACGGCGACAGGAGAGAGAGUGUGCCUGGCUGCCGAAGGUUUCGGUAAUCGGCACUGCUUCCUGGAAAAUAUUGCCGACAAGAAUAUACCACCGGAUCUGUCGCAGUGUGUGUUUGUUAUUGAACAGGCGCUUUCAGUAAGGGCCUUACAAGAGUUAGUGACAGCCGCUGGAUCCGAAACUGGGAAAGAAAACUUAGGCAAAGGCACUGGAUCUGGUCAUCGUACUCUAUUGUACGGCAAUGCUAUCCUUCUACGACAUCUCAACAGUGAUAUGUACCUGGCCUGCCUGUCGACAUCAUCAUCCCAGGAUAAGCUGGCCUUCGACGUGGGUCUGCAACAGCACUCCCAGGGUGAAGCCUGCUGGUGGACUCUUCAUCCUGCCAGCAAACAGAGAUCCGAGGGUGAGAAGGUUCGAGUCGGAGAUGACUUGAUUCUGGUCUCCGUGGCCACUGAGAGAUACUUGCACACGACGAAAGAGAACGAAGUAUCGAUAGUGAACGCGUCAUUCCACGUGACUCACUGGUCGGUGCAGCCCUAUGGCACCGGUAUAUCGAGGAUGAAGUACGUGGGCUAUGUUUUCGGAGGAGAUGUGCUGAGGUUCUUCCAUGGAGGUGAUGAAUGUCUCACUAUACCUAGCACUUGGACUAAGGAUGGGGGGCAGAAUAUCGUAGUUUACGAAGGAGGUUCCGUAAUGUCUCAAGCCCGUUCUCUAUGGCGUCUCGAGCUGGCCAGAACGAAAUGGGCAGGAGGCUUCAUCAACUGGUACCAUCCUAUGAGAAUUCGUCACAUCACUACUGGAAGAUAUUUAGGAGUCAACGACCAGAAUGAGCUGUAUUUAGUUAGCAGAGAGGAAGCCACAACAGCAUCCUGCGCCUUCUGCCUUCGCCAGGAGAAGGAUGAUCAGAAGCAGGUGUUGGAAGACAAGGACUUGGAAGUCAUAGGAGCUCCCAUCAUCAAGUAUGGUGACUCUACCGUCAUUGUGCAGCACUCGGAGACUGGCUUGUGGCUGUCUUAUAAGUCUUACGAAACGAAGAAGAAAGGCGUGGGUAAAGUAGAAGAGAAGCAAGCUAUUCUCCACGAAGAAGGCAAGAUGGACGACGGUCUAGACUUCUCCAGGUCACAAGAGGAAGAAUCUAGGACUGCUCGAGUUAUUAGGAAAUGUUCUUCGCUCUUUACUAAGUUUAUCAACGGCCUUGAAACUCUGCAAGAGAACAGACGUCACUCGAUGUUCUUCGCGUCCGUCAACCUCGGCGAGAUGGUGAUGUGUCUCGAAGAUCUCAUCAACUACUUCGCACAACCUGAUGAGGAUAUGGAACACGAAGAAAAACAGAACAAAUUCCGCGCCCUCCGCAACCGUCAGGACCUGUUCCAAGAGGAAGGCAUCCUGAACCUCAUCCUCGAAGCUAUAGACAAGAUCAACGUCAUCACGUCUCAAGGGUUCCUCGCCGGCUUCCUGGCGGGAGACGAGUCGGGGCAGAGCUGGGAAAUGAUCUCUGGAUAUCUGUAUCAGUUGCUUGCGGCAAUAAUAAAAGGCAACCACACAAAUUGCGCGCAGUUCGCGAACUCGAACCGUCUGAACUGGUUGUUCUCUCGGCUCGGCUCGCAAGCCUCGGGGGAGGGGACGGGCAUGUUGGAUGUACUGCAUUGCGUGCUGAUAGACUCGCCUGAAGCUUUGAAUAUGAUGAGGGAUGAACACAUAAAAGUAAUAAUCUCCCUGCUAGAAAAGCACGGUCGUGACCCUAAAGUACUAGAUGUGCUAUGUUCCCUCUGCGUCGGUAACGGCGUGGCAGUGCGCUCGUCACAGAACAAUAUCUGCGACUAUUUGUUGCCCGGCAAGAAUCUGUUGUUGCAAACUGCGCUCGUGGAUCACGUAUCUAGUGUCCGUCCAAAUAUAUUCGUGGGUCGCGUGGAAGGGUCGGCUGUGUACCGCAAAUGGUACUUUGAAGUGACCAUGGACCAUAUAGAGAAGACUACACAUAUGAUGCCGCAUUUGCGCAUCGGAUGGGCUAAUACUACUGGCUACGUCCCCUACCCGGGUGGUGGGGAGAAAUGGGGGGGUAACGGUGUGGGAGAUGACCUGUACUCCUACGGGUUUGACGGCGCCUACCUCUGGUCCGGGGGCAGGAAGACCCCGGUCAAUAGGACUCAUGCUGAAGAACCUUAUAUUAGGAAAGGUGACGUGAUCGGCUGUGCACUGGACCUGACAGUGCCUAUAAUAAACUUCAUGUUCAACGGAGUUCGUGUGACGGGCUCCUUCACUAACUUCAACUUAGAAGGCAUGUUCUUCCCGGUCAUCAGCUGCUCUAGUAAAUUGAGUUGUCGAUUCCUUCUCGGUGGAGAACACGGUCGUCUCCGCUACGCCGCUCCUGAAGGCUACUCCCCCCUCGUAGAAUCACUACUCCCCCAGCAGAUCCUCAGCUUGGAGCCUUGCUUCUACUUCGGCAACUUGUCCAAACGGGCCCUAGCUGGGCCCCCGCUAGUACAAGACGAUACGGCCUUCGUGCCAACACCCGUUGAUACUUUACAGAUUACUUUGCCUUCGUACGUGGAACAAAUCAGAGACAAGCUAGCUGAGAAUAUCCACGAAAUGUGGGCUAUGAAUAAGAUCGAAGCCGGUUGGAUGUACGGCGACCAGAGAGAGGACUUGCACAAGAUCCACCCGUGCCUCGUGCCCUUCGAGAGGCUCCCGCCCGCCGAGAAGCGAUACGACAUACAGCUCGCUGUGCAGACGCUCAAGACUAUCCUGGCUCUGGGCUACUACAUCAGCUUGGACAAGCCGCCAGCGCGCAUCCGUAACGUUCGACUGCCCAAUGAACCUUUCAUGCAGUCCAACGGCUACAAGCCAGCACCACUCGACCUGAGUGCUGUCACCCUGACACCCAAGAUGGACGAGCUCGUCGACCAGCUAGCUGAGAACACCCACAACCUCUGGGCCAGGGAGAGGAUACAGCAGGGAUGGACUUACGGACUUAAUGAGGACUCGGACAUGCACCGCUCUCCUCACUUGGUGCCCUACCCGAAGGUAGACGAUGCCAUCAAGAAGGCCAACAGGGAUACUGCUUCAGAAACUGUCAGGACCCUGCUGGUUUACGGGUAUAUGUUGGACCCACCUACUGGGGAACAGCAUGAAGCACUAUUACUAGAAGCAUCAAAACAGAAGCAAGCAGACUUCAGAACAUACCGCGCUGAGAAGAACUAUGCGGUCAGCUCCGGGAAGUGGUACUUCGAGUUCGAGAUCUUAACUGCUGGACCUAUGAGGGUCGGCUGGGCUCACGCGGAUAUGGCACCAGGAAUGAUGCUCGGGCAAGACGAGAACUCCUGGGCAUUUGAUGGCUACAACGAGGAAAAAGUGUACAGCGGUAACACUGAAUCUUUCGGCAAGCAAUGGGCUGUUGGUGACGUAGUGGGCGUCUUCCUAGAUCUCAUUGAUAAGACGAUAAGUUUCUCACUGAAUGGUGAACUCUUGAUGGAUGCCCUCGGUGGUGAAACUACGUUUGCUGAUGUCCAGGGUGACAACUUCGUGCCUGCCUGUACUCUUGGUGUGGGGCAGAAAGCUAGGUUGACAUACGGUCAAGAUGUGAACACGCUGAAAUACUUCACGACAUGUGGUCUGCAGGAGGGAUAUGAACCAUUCUGUGUCAAUAUGAAGAGAGACGUGACUCACUGGUACACUAAAGACCAACCGAUUUUUGAGAACACCGACGAGAUGAUCGACACCAGGAUUGACGUUACCAGGAUACCAGCUGGUUCAGAUACACCUCCCUGUCUCAAGAUUUCCCACAACACGUUCGAGACGAUGGAGAAAGCUAACUGGGAGUUCUUACGUCUCUCACUACCUGUUAUCUGCCACAAUGAGUUUAUUGAUGAGGCAGAAAAAGCUCGCCGUUGGGUAGAAAUCAAGGAUCGCCAGCAGAUCCUGAUGAAAGAAGCAGUGGAAGCCCAGAUGCCUGCUCACAUAGACCAGAUCAUGAGAAGCGGGUUCACCAUGAACGAUAUCAAAGGUUUGCACUACGAAGAUAACCAGGAGGAGUUACCCAGCUCCAAGAUGAAGCGUCUGCCAUCCAGACCGCCACGUAAGGGCUCCGUGACAAGAGGUGUUACUAUACAAACUUACAGUAAUUUGCAACCAGGUCAAGUCAACGGCAUGCAUCGGUCGACCAGUGAAGCAGAGAUGGCCAAGUAUGACCUCGGGUCCCAAGGUUUGGCUCCAGACGAUAAGAAGGAUAAGAGGGGACGAUCGCCUUUCAAGUUCUUCAGAAGCAAGCGCGGUGAAAGCAGUGAUCGUGCUAAAUCCCGUAAAUCCAAAACACCAGAUCCCUUCAGUGACACAGAGGUAUCACCGGAGCGUGGUGCUCGAAGACCAAACCCUCAGAUCAAAGUGUCACAGGCUAAUCAAAGAUAUAACGGCAUGAACGCGCGUCCUAGCCGGACCAACUUGUAUGGAAGCCAAGUUGGUUUAAACUCGAACGCUCAGAUGGCGACUCCCACGCAAGACAGGAAGCAGAUGACGACCAGCACUCUCGCGCAGUCGGCUACCGAGACUGUUGGCAAUGAGAUCUUCGAUAGCGAGUGUUUGAAGCUCAUUAAUGAGUACUUUUAUGGAGUCAGGAUCUACCCAGGUCAAGACCCGACCCAUGUGUACAUCGGCUGGGUGACCACCCAGUACCACCUGCACUCGAAGGAGUUCAACCAGAGCAAGGUCACCAAGUCCUCCGUCAUCAUCACUGAUGAUUACGACAGGGUUGUUGAGAAUGUAAACCGCCAAUCCUGCUACAUGGUCCGUGCAGACGAGCUAUACAACGAGGUCAUGGCCGAGGCCACAGCCAAAGGCGCCUCGCAAGGCAUGUUCAUCGGCUGCUCCGUCGACACGUCCACCGGGACCGUGGCCUUCACCUGCGAGGGCAAGGACACUAGCUUCAAGUUCAAGAUGGAGCCAGAAACCAAACUCUUCCCCGCGAUCUUCGUAGAAGCGACUUCCAAGGAAAUCCUUCAGAUAGAGCUCGGCAGAUCAGCCACUAGUCUGCCACUAUCAGCCGCCGUAUUGCCUACAAGUGACAAGCAUGUUAUACCUCAGUUCCCGCCUAGGCUGAAAGUGCAGUGUUUGAAACCACAUCAGUGGGCUAGGGUACCGAACCAAUCUUUACAAGUACACGCUCUCAAGUUGUCUGACAUCCGCGGUUGGUCUAUGCUGUGUGAAGACGCGGUUUCUAUGUUAGCUUUGCAUAUACCGGAGGAAGACCGCUGCAUAGAUAUAUUGGAGCUGAUAGAAAUGGACAAACUUCUAAGUUUCCAUUCGCACACACUCACUUUAUAUGCUGCUUUAUGUUAUCAGAGUAACUACAGAGCCGCCCACGCACUCUGCACUCACGUGGAUCAGAAGCAGCUGCUAUACGCGAUACAGUCGCAGUACAUGUCUGGUCCGCUGCGUCAGGGCUUCUACGAUCUGCUCAUAGCUCUGCAUCUGGAGUCACAUGCUACUACCAUGGAGGCCUGUAAGAACGAGUUCGUGAUCCCCCUGGGUCCCGAACUGAAGGCGCUGUACGAGGAGCCCGACAUGGGGCACAGCCUGCGCUCGCUGCAGACCGAGAGCGUCCGGCCGCAGAUGAAGAUGACUGAUAUUGCUGAAAGUAUAACAGAGAUCAGCAACCUGUAUUCACCAUACUUCCCACUAGAAGUGGUGCGCGAGUUCGUCAUGCAAGCGUUAGCUGAGGCUGUGGAAACCAACCAGGUGCACAACCGAGAUCCUGUUGGUGGAAGUAAUGAGAAUCUGUUCUUGCCACUAAUAAAGCUAGUAGACCGUCUACUAUUAGUCGGCAUGAUGCGCGACGAAGAUGUGGAGAAACUGCUCAUCAUGACCAACCCUGAGACUUGGGACCCUUCGUUUGAUAAAGAGGGCAAAGACGAGCACCGCAAAGGUCUACUCCACAUGAAGAUGGCGGAAGGAGCUAAACUACAGAUGUGUUACCUACUGCAGCAUCUCAACGAUAUACAGCUGAGACACAGGGUUGAAGCUAUCAUUGCGUUUGCACAUGAUUUCGUCGGAGAUCUGCAGACUGAUCAGCUCAGACGUUACACGGAAAUCAAGCAGUCGGACUUGCCGAGCGCGGUGGCCGCUAAGAAGACCAGGGAGUUCCGUUGUCCGCCUAGAGAACAGAUGAAUGCUAUAUUGAGUUUCAAGCACUUGGAAGAGGAAGACAAAGAGAACUGUCCGUGUGGAGAAGAGCUGAUAGCUCGCAUGAACGAGUUCCACGAGAGUCUGAUGGCGCAUGUGUCGCUACACGCCUUGCAGGAGCCUGACGGAUCGGAAAAUCAAGAACCAGAGGCAAAACCGGGUGCAUUCGGCAAGUUAUACAACAUUAUCAAUACGGUGAAGGAGUUGGAAGAGGAAGCUAAGGCAAUUGAAGAGCCUCCCAAGAAGACGCCAGAAGAGAAAUUCCGCAAAGUCCUCAUUCAGACGAUAGUGAACUGGGCUGAGGAGUCGCAGAUAGAAACACCCAAACUCGUCAGAGAAAUGUUCAGUCUCCUAGUCCGCCAAUACGACGCAGUAGGUGAACUAAUUCGCGCUCUAGAGAAGACUUACGUCAUCAACGCGAAGACCAAGUUAGACGUAGCAGAGAUGUGGGUGGGGCUCAGUCAGAUCCGAGCGUUACUGCCCGUGCAGAUGAGCCAGGAGGAAGAGGAGCUCAUGAGGAAGAGGCUCUGGAAACUUGUCAACAACCACACGUUCUUCCAGCAUCCAGAUUUAAUCAGAGUGCUCCGCGUGCACGAGAACGUGAUGGCGGUGAUGAUGAACACGCUGGGGCGCCGCGCGCAGGCGCAGUCCGACGCGCCGCCCGCCUCGCCGCCCGUCGCCGACGACAAGGAGAAGGACACAUCACACGAGAUGGUGGUAGCUUGCUGCCGUUUCCUCUGCUACUUCUGCCGCACUGGACGACAAAACCAGAAGGCGAUGUUCGAUCACUUCGACUUUCUUCUGGAAAACUCCAAUAUCCUGCUGUCCAGACCCUCGCUGAGAGGAUCCACGCCUUUAGAUGUGGCCUACUCCAGUUUGAUGGAGAAUACUGAACUGGCGUUAGCUUUGAGAGAGCACUACCUAGAGAAGAUAGCGGUAUACCUCUCUCGCUGUGGCCUGCAAAGCAACUCCGAGCUGGUGGAGAAGGGGUAUCCUGACCUCGGCUGGGAUCCAGUCGAGGGGGAGAGAUAUCUUGACUUUCUGAGGUUCUGCGUUUGGGUAAACGGCGAAAGCGUCGAAGAAAACGCAAACCUGGUUAUCCGUCUCCUCAUCCGUCGACCGGAGUGCCUCGGGCCCGCGCUCAGGGGCGAGGGCGAAGGCCUACUCAAAGCCAUCGUCGACGCCAACAAGAUGAGCGAGAGGAUCGCUGAUAGAAGGAAGCUGAGGGAAAUGGAGCAAGAGGGAGAUAUUAACUUCAGCCACCCGCUCCCGGAGUCGGAUGAGGAUGAGGACUACAUAGACACUGGCGCCGCCAUCUUGAACUUCUACUGCACCUUAGUAGAUCUGCUGGGAAGAUGCGCUCCUGAUGCGGGCGUUAUUGCUCUGGGUAAGAACGAGUCUCUCCGCGCCCGCGCUAUCCUGCGGUCGCUGGUGCCGCUGGAAGACCUGCAGGGAGUGCUGAGCUUGAGGUUCACGCUCAACAACCCUGCUGCUGGAGAGGAACGGCCCAAGUCUGAUAUGCCAUCGGGCCUCAUUCCGGGACACAAGCAGAGUGUAGGCCUGUUCUUAGAGAGGGUGUACGGCAUAGAAACCCAGGAGUUGUUCUACAAACUGCUGGAGGAAGCCUUCCUGCCUGAUUUGAGAGCUGCUACCAUGCUGGAUAGGAACGACGGCUGCGAGUCCGACAUGGCUCUCUCAAUGAAUCGCUACAUCGGCAACUCGAUCCUGCCGCUGCUGAUCAAACACGCGUACUUCUACAACGAGGCCGAGAACUACGCCAGCUUGCUGGACGCCACGCUGCAUACUGUUUAUAGGUUAUCAAAGAACCGCAUGUUAACCAAGGGUCAACGUGAAGCGGUGUCAGAUUUCCUCGUAGCGCUAACAUCUGCGAUGCAACCUUCUAUGUUACUCAAACUGCUGAGGAAGCUGACUGUCGACGUGUCCAAGUUAUCGGAGUAUACUACUGUAGCUCUUAGGCUUCUAACCCUCCACUACGAGCGCUGCGCGAAGUACUACGGCAGCACGGGCGCCGGGCAGGGCGUGUUCGGCGCCUCCUCCGACGAGGAGAAGCGCCUCACCAUGAUGCUGUUCAGCAACAUCUUCGACUCGCUCAGCAAGAUGGACUACGAGCCGGAACUGUUUGGGAAGGCGUUGCCUUGUCUUAUUGCUAUAGGAUGUGCUCUGCCGCCUGACUACUCUCUGUCAAAGAACUAUGAUGACGAGUUCUACGGCAAGGAACAAGCUGCAGGUGACCUCGACAACCCUCAAUACGACCCCCAACCGAUAAACACAUCAUCGGUAGCACUAAACAAUGACCUGAACACUAUCGUACAAAAGUUCUCUGAACACUACCACGACGCCUGGGCUAGUAGGAAGAUUGAGAACGGCUGGGUGUACGGCGAGGGCUGGUCUGAUAGCCAGAAGACGCAUCCUAGGCUGAAGCCGUAUAAUAUGUUAAAUGAUUAUGAAAAAGAGCGUUACAAGGAACCGGUACGCGAAUCUCUAAAGGCACUCCUAGCCAUCGGUUGGUCGGUAGAACAUUCCGAAGUGGAUAUACCCAGUAACAACCGCAGCUCUAUGCGAAGGCAGUCCAAGUCCGGAGGCCGCCCCCCCGAUAUUGUGUCAGACUCAGCGACGCCCUUCAACUACAACCCGCACCCAGUCGACAUGACCAACUUGACGCUAUCGAGGGAGAUGCAGAACAUGGCAGAGAGACUCGCUGAUAAUGCUCACGACAUCUGGGCUAAGAAGAAGAAGGAGGAACUCGUUACUAAUGGAGGAGGCAUCCACCCCCAACUAGUUCCCUACGAUCUCCUAACCGACAAAGAGAAGAAGAAAGACCGAGAACGUUCCCAAGAGUUCCUCAAAUACUUGCAAUACCAAGGGUACAAACUGCACCGGCCUAGCAAGGCACCACAGAGUGACACGGAACAGACCACUACGGGGGUAGCAAUAGAGUUGAGAUUCGCGUACUCCCUUCUUGAGAAGUUGAUACAGUAUAUCGAUAGGGCGACUAUUAAUAUGAAACUUUUGAAGCCGUCGACUACGUUUAGUAGGAGGAGUAGCUUUAAGACUAGUACCAGGGAUAUUAAGUUCUUUUCUAAGGUGGUGUUGCCUCUAAUGGAGAAAUAUUUCUCGACGCAUCGCAACUACUUCAUCGCCGUUGCCACGGCAACCAAUAACGUUGGCGCUGCCAGUUUGAAGGAGAAAGAGAUGGUAGCCGCUCUGUUCUGUAAGCUGGCUAGUUUGCUCAGAUCUAGACUGGCAGCUUUCGGCCCCGAUGUCCGCAUCACAGUCCGCUGUCUCCAAGUCCUGGUGAAGGGCAUCGACGCCAAGUCUCUCGUGAAGAACUGCCCCGAGUUCAUCAGAACUUCUAUGCUGACCUUCUUCAAUAACGUCGCUGAUGAUGUGGGGCAUACGAUCAUGAAUUUGCAGGAUGGCAAAUACGCACACCUUCGAGGUACCCACUUGAAGACGUCCACGUCUCUGGGCUACAUUAACGGAGUACUCCUACCUAUAUUGACGGCCAAAUUCGAUCAUCUGGCUAACUGCGAGUACGGUGCUGAUUUGUUGUUGGACGAGAUUCAAGUGGCUUCAUACAAGAUGUUAGGCUCUCUCUAUGCUCUCGGCACGGAUGCUACUCUCACGCACGACAGAAAGUACCUCAAGACUGAGAUUGAGAGACAUAAACCUGCUUUGGGUUCAUGUCUCGGAGCCUUCAGUUCGACAUUCCCGGUGGCAUUCCUGGAGCCUCACCUGAACAAGCACAACCAGUUCUCCUUGCUCAACAGGAUCGCUGACCACUCUUUGGAAGCUCAAGACAUAAUGCAGAAAAUGGAACAGUGCAUGCCUACGUUAGAGACGAUACUAGGCGAGGUGGAUCAAUUCGUAGAGUCCGACAAGACGUACAACGAAGCGCCGCAUAUCAUCGAUGUGGUGUUGCCUUUACUUUGUUCGUAUUUGCCGUUCUGGUGGGCGCAGGGGCCUGAUAACGUCACUCCUACUGGCGGAAACCACGUAACAAUGGUAACAGCAGAACACAUGAACCAACUCCUGAAAAACGUAUUAAAGCUCAUUAAAAAGAACAUAGGCAAUGAAAACGCUCCAUGGAUGACUCGCAUCGCGACGUACACACAACAGAUAAUUAUCAAUAGUUCGGAAGAAUUGCUGAGAGAUUCGUUCCUGCCGCUCGCUGAGAGAGUGCGAAAGCGAACUGAUAAUAUGUUCCAUAAGGAGGAGAGUUUGAGAGGGUUUAUUAAGUCAUCAACCGACGACACCUCGCAAGUAGAGUCUCAGAUACAAGAAGACUGGCAGCUUCUAGUCAGAGACAUCUACUCCUUCUAUCCGCUGCUCAUCAAAUACGUCGACCUUCAGAGGAACCACUGGUUGAGGAACAAUGUUCCAGAGGCGGAAGAGCUAUACAACCACGUGGCUGAAAUCUUCAACAUCUGGUCGAAGAGUCAGUACUUCUUGAAGGAAGAACAGAACUUCAUCUCUGCCAAUGAGAUCGAUAACAUGGUGCUGAUCAUGCCAACAGCAACAAGAAGAGUGACAGCAGUUACAGAUGGUACUCCCCAAGGCGGUGGAAAGAAAAAGAAGAAGCACCGCGACAAGAAGCGAGACAAAGACAAGGAAGUUCAAGCGUCCCUAAUGGUUGCUUGUCUGAAGAGGUUACUACCAGUUGGUCUAAACCUAUUCGCUGGUAGAGAACAAGAACUGGUACAGCAUUGUAAAGACAGGUUCCUGAAGAAAAUGUCCGAACAAGAUGUGGCUGAAUUCGCGAAGACCCAGCUCACACUUCCGGACAAAAUAGAUCCAGCUGACGAGAUGUCUUGGCAGCAUUACUUAUAUAGCAAGUUAGGGUCAAAAAGCAAGAGUAAUAUAACUGUGGAAACUGCUGAAAAUAAGGCCAAGAUUAUUGAUGAUACUGUCGAAAGGAUUGUGGCUAUGAGUAAAGUGCUUUUCGGAUUGCAUAUGAUCGACCAUCCCCAACAAAUGAGUAAGAACGUGUACCGGUCGGUGGUGUCGAUACAACGCAAGCGCGCCGUCAUCGCGUGCUUCCGACAAACUUCACUGCACUCUCUGCCGAGACAUCGCGCGUGUAACAUCUUUGCUCGCACAUACUACGAGCUCUGGUUGGAAGAAGAGAAUAUUGGUCAAGAAGUUAUGAUAGAAGAUCUUACUCAAUCAUUCGAAGAUGCAGAACUAAAGAAGAGUGAUGUGGUGGAAGAAGGCGAGAAGCCUGACCCUCUCACGCAGCUGGUGACGACCUUCUGCCGCGGCGCCAUGACCGAGAGGUCCGGGGCUCUGCAGGAGGAUCCUCUUUACAUGUCCUACGCACACAUCAUAGCGAAGUCCUGCGGAGAAGAAGAAGAAGAAGGGGGCGGGGAAGAAGAGGAGGGGGGUGGAGAAGCCGAGGCUGAGGAUGAAGGCAGAGCUAGUAUACAUGAACAAGAAAUGGAGAAACAAAAGCUACUAUUCCACCAAGCCCGUCUCGCCGACCGCGGCGUGGCAGAGAUGGUGUUACUCCACAUAUCAGCGUCCAAGGGCCUGCCCAGCGAGAUGGUGAUGAAGACGCUACAACUCGGCAUCAGUAUAUUAAGAGGAGGCAAUAUUGAUAUACAGAUGGGUAUGCUAAACCACCUGAAAGACAAGAAAGACGUGGGCUUCUUCACGUCGAUCGCUGGUCUUAUGAACUCCUGCUCCGUGCUCGAUCUCGACGCCUUCGAGAGGAAUACUAAGGCUGAAGGUCUGGGCGUGGGUCUGGAGGGCGCGGCGGGCGAGAAGAACAUGCACGACGCGGAGUUCACCUGCGCACUCUUCCGCUUCAUACAGCUCACUUGUGAAGGACAUAACUUGGACUGGCAGAACUACCUGAGAACUCAGGCUGGCAACACGACGACGGUGAACGUGGUGAUCUGCACGGUGGACUACCUGCUGCGGCUGCAGGAGUCCAUCAUGGACUUCUACUGGCAUUACUCUAGCAAGGAACUGAUCGACCCGGCCGGUAAAGCCAACUUCUUCAAGGCGAUAGGCGUCGCUUCACAAGUGUUCAACACCCUCACUGAAGUCAUACAGGGACCUUGUACGCAGAACCAACAGGCUUUGGCUCACUCUAGGUUAUGGGACGCAGUAGGCGGUUUCCUGUUCCUGUUCUCCCACAUGCAGGACAAGUUAUCCAAGCACUCCUCGCAAGUGGACCUGCUGAAGGAGCUCCUCAAUCUUCAGAAGGACAUGAUCACCAUGAUGCUGUCCAUGCUUGAAGGAAACGUUGUUAAUGGUACAAUCGGCAAACAAAUGGUGGACACUCUAGUCGAAUCAGCCUCCAACGUGGAACUGAUCCUGAAAUACUUCGACAUGUUCCUGAAGCUGAAGGACCUGACUUCGAGCGCCAGCUUCCAGGAGAUCGACGCCAACAAUGAUGGAUGGGUCCUGCCGAAGGACUUUAAGGAGAAGAUGGAACAGCAAAAGAGUUAUACGCCCGAGGAAAUCGAGUUCCUCCUAGCUUGCUGCGAGACCAACCACGAUGGCAAGCUGGACUACAUCGGCUUCUGCGACCGUUUCCACGAGCCCGCCAAGGAGAUUGGCUUCAACUUGGCAGUUUUGCUCACCAACCUGUCGGAGCAUAUGCCUAAUGAGCCUAGAUUGGCCCGUUUCCUAGAAACAGCAGGUUCAGUGCUGAACUACUUCGAACCAUUCCUGGGCCGCAUCGAGAUCAUGGGCGGCUCCAAGCGCAUCGAGCGCGUCUACUUCGAGAUCAAGGAGUCUAACAUCGAACAGUGGGAGAAGCCGCAGAUUAAGGAAUCCAAACGCGCGUUCUUCUACAGCAUCGUCACAGAAGGUGGUGAUAAAGAGAAGUUGGAGGCCUUUGUGAACUUCUGUGAAGACGCCAUCUUUGAAAUGACCCACGCUUCCGGUCUGAUGGCGGCUUCGGAAGAGUCUGUUGGCGGGACGAAGAAUAGGGAGGCCAGUUAUAUGUAUAUGGGUGAUGAUGAUGAUGAGAGAGCCGGCAAAGAUCCAUUCCGUCGCGGUCUCCAGUCAGUGAAAGACGGCGUUGCCACAGCAUUCUCGUCCCUAUCCCCUUCGAACAUAAAGCAGAAAAUCGCGGACAUGCAACAAAUGCCACCCGCCGAGUUAGCUGUGGGAUUCUUCAAAAUGUUCUUCUAUUUAUUCUAUUAUUUGGGCUACGGAGUUCUUGUCGUUGUCAGGUAUAUAUUCGGAGUACUCUUGGGUCUGAUGCGAGGUCCUCAAACGGAUGAACCGCCUCCAGAGCCUACGGAGGAGGAGAAAAUCGGUCAGUUGAGACACAGGUUGCUAGCGACACAAAGUUCUCGACAUCUGCCGGCGUUACCACCAGCUGAUGAUACCGGACAGAUGCAAGUGUCGGCAUUCGGACUCGAUAUCACUAAAGAAGACAAUGGACAGAUACAAGUAAAACCGCACGAAUCACCCAGCACCUCUACUCCAUCUUCAGGCGAGGAGGCAGAGGUGUCACCUGACGAGAGCAUAGACCACACUGAGGAGCAGAGACCACCUUCUCUUAUUGACUUGCUCGGUGGCGAACAAGCCAAGAAGCAAGCUCAAGAGAGAAUGGAAGCGCAAGCGGCUCAACAAGCUGCUAUGUCCGCCAUUGAAGCUGAGAGCAAAAAGGCGGUACAAGGGCCGGCCCCAUCAGCGCUGUCUCAAGUGGAUCUCUCGCAGUACACUCGCCGCGCAGUAUCGUUCUUAGCUCGCAACUUCUAUAACUUGAAGUAUGUGGCUCUCGUGUUAGCGUUCUGUAUCAACUUCGUGUUGCUGUUUUAUAAGGUAUCUACUCUGGAUGCUGAAGGUGGUGAGGGUUCAGGUCUGGGUGACAUCAUUGCUGGUGGCGGUUCAGGGUCUGGAGCAGGUUCUGGUAGUGGCGAUGGAGGUAGCGGCGAAUCAGGCGAAGACGACGACGCGCUAGAAGUAGUGCACAUAGACGAGGAUUUCUUCUACAUGGAGCACGUCAUUAAGAUGGCCGCCGUGCUGCACUCUAUCGUGUCUCUGGCUAUACUUAUAGGAUAUUAUCAUCUUAAGGUGCCGCUAGCUAUAUUCAAACGUGAAAAGGAAAUCGCUCGUAAACUGGAGUUUGAUGGAUUAUACAUCGCGGAACAGCCGGAAGACGACGACUUGAAGAGUCAUUGGGACAAACUCGUUAUAUCUGCCAAAUCGUUCCCCGUGAACUACUGGGAUAAGUUCGUCAAAAAGAAGGUUCGCGCCAAAUACUCUGAAACUUACGACUUCGACUCCAUCUCUAACAUGCUCGGCAUGGAGAAGACUUCCUUCUCCGCGCAGGAAGAAGAAGGCAGCAAAGGACUUAUUCAUUACAUAAUCAACAUAGACUGGCGCUACCAAGUAUGGAAAGCUGGCGUGACGAUCACAGACAACUCGUUCCUCUACUCUCUAUGGUACUUCUCGUUCUCUGUGAUGGGGAACUUCAAUAACUUCUUCUUUGCUGCUCAUCUGCUGGAUGUGGCUGUUGGGUUCAAGACGCUGAGGACUAUCUUGCAAUCUGUCACGCAUAAUGGGAAACAGCUGGUAUUAACAGUGAUGCUGCUAACUAUAAUAGUGUACAUCUACACGGUGAUCGCGUUCAACUUCUUCCGCAAGUUCUACGUGCAGGAGGAGGAUGAUGAGGUCAACAGGAACUGCCAUGAUAUGUUGACGUGCUUCGUGUUCAACCUCUACAAGGGCGUGAGAGCGGGUGGUGGUAUCGGAGACGAGCUGGAGCCGCCCGACGGAGACGACUCCGAGGUGUACCGCAUCAUCUUCGACAUCUCCUUCUUCUUCUUCAUCAUCGUCAUCCUGCUCGCUAUUCUCCAGGGUCUGAUCAUCGACGCGUUCGGAGAGCUGCGUGACCAGUUGGAGUCCGUGAAGGAGGACAUGGAGUCCAACUGCUUCAUAUGCGGCAUCAAUAAAGACUAUUUUGAUAAAGUGCCGCACGGGUUCGACACUCACGUGCAGAGGGAACAUAAUCUAGCGAACUACAUGUUCUUCCUCAUGCAUCUCAUCAAUAAGCCCGAUACGGAGUAUACAGGUCAAGAAACCUAUGUCUGGAACAUGUACACACAAAGAUGUUGGGACUUCUUCCCCGUGGGAGAUUGUUUCCGAAAACAAUACGAAGAUCUAAUGGGAGAAUAAACUCCCCAAGCAUGGCAACACUCGCCAACAGUAGCAAUCUGACAUUUAUGCUCAAGCAACACCAAACGUCUAUGGUUUUAAAAGAUUCGUUGUUUGUUUAUGGUUUUGUAAAUAAUUGUGCGCUUUGAAGUUUAAAUAAGAUAUUUUAAUAAAGUGGGAAUUGAAUAUUUUUACUUGAAUUGCUUUUAUGCUUGUCUGAAAGUUACAAAAAAAGUACCUUUAGAAAAUCGUGGUUGUGCAAUAAAAUCCAAAGUACACGAAUCUUUACUAAAAUCGAUUAAA